AAACAGACUUGGCUAAGAGACGGUUGUGUUUGACGGUAUUUUGUCGGGCGAUAGUCAGCAGCAAAUGCAAAUAACGAAACAAAUGUUGCGGUUUGGCCAUUGAAAAACAAUCAAGGAAUAGCGACAAAACAAAAACAAAAGUUUAAACAACAACAACAUUGGUUGGUCGUUCGUAUAUCUUGUUGACGCGAUCGUGAUUGUGUCUUGCACUGCCUUUCUAAACGGAGAGGUGGUAGUAGAGAUCGCCAAACAAUUUGGGGUGCCAGUGAAGUAGUGAGAGAAGUGAGUGCUGGUGUUUCCAGCGAGCGGUACCAGUAGUAGUAGUAGUAGUGCUGGUUGUUGUGAAUGUCAUUCAGUCCAUCAAAAAGUCAGUCAAGCUGGAUUUGUCUUUUUGUUUUGAUUGCAAGUUGUGUGCAUGAUGACGUAUGUUUGUGAAUGCUUGUUGGCUGCAUGAAAUUAUUUGCUGAAUGCAGUGCUGUUGACAUUUUGCUCGCCUCACAUUUAACAUCAUUGUAUGGAACUGAAUGGAGGCAUGCAGUUGCAAUUGCAGCCAUCGUCACUAGUCGCUAGUACCAUAUAGUGGUAAUGUGAGAAGUAUUUGUGGUGUGGUGGUGGUCACACGUUGUGUUAUUUUACGUUGUUUUGUUUCGAAGAACCGCUCAGAGCGCUAUUUACAAAAAAAAAAAAAAAAACAAAGCCAACGAAAAUAACACCGACUUUGCAGCUAACAACAAACAAUCAAACAAACGAACCAACUUAGUUGGAAUUGCAGCAGAACAUGUUACAGAAGUUAGCUGCAAACUUAAACCACGAAAACCACUUUGACUAACCACGGCCAGGCAGACACGACAGGCAAUAAACUGCAGCUUGGCAAAGUCAAGAAAAAGAAAACUAAAAAAAAAACCAAACCCAGUGGAGAUUGGGUUUGUGCGCAUGCGUGCCAGCCAUUCAGACCCACAACGUUGCCUGUUGUAUUUUUGCUUUUAAAAGUGCAUUAAGAGCGUGUGUGUGUGUGAGAGUGUUUGUGAGUUUGUUUAAAUUUAGUUUUAUUUAUUUUUUUCUCGAAAAGGCAGGAAAGUUGCUGCUCUGUGUGUCCGAGACAAGUAAAAAGAGACGUUUUUCUUUCGAGGCAAAAAAAAAAAAAACGAAAAAACUUCAGUUGCGCCACCACUGAAGUAGAAAGUUGCCGUCUUUGAAAAGUUAAUUUUUUUUUCUGCAACGACCCUGUUGGAUGCAUCGUCGCAAGUCAAGGCGGAAAUUCUGGCGCGUUAAAAAGUAAACCGCGAAAGAAACGCACAAGUAAAAUUAAAAAAAAAAACAAAAAUAAAAAUGCAAACAAAUCACAAAAUUUACUGAGGCAAUUAAUUGUGUUAAGGAAAACAAGAAACUAAUUAAUUAAAAAAAAAGUAGUCCCAAAAAACAAGAGCAACAACAAUCACAGAAUUACAUACAUCAUAAAAAAGUGUCACGGAGAAGAAAACCCAAACCAAAAUAAAUAAGAAAAGUGAAAGAAAGCAUUUUCUCAAGUUCACCCAGUAACCAUAAAAGUUUGAAAUCAAAAUAAAAAUAAUUUAAAAAAAAUUUAAAGAAAAAAAAAAAAACAACAACAUUGAAAUCUUAUUGUUUUUGUGCAUUGUGUGUUUUUGUUUUGCUUCAUUUUAAUGCUGACCAAUUAACAACUCGAACAACAACAACGAUGUCGGAUAUUUAUUAUUGCAGCAAGAAUAAAAAGUCACAAAGUGAUGGAAAAACUUCCGGUUCCGACAAAUCACCAAAAACCAUAAAUAACAACAACAGUAGCACCGCUAAUGGUAAUAUUUGCGGAAAACAUUCGUCCUCAUCAAGCAGCAAAACUAACUGGAAGGGUAUGCAGUCGUCCAAUAUCAGUUCUCCGCGUGAAUCGUCAUCGAAUGGCGGCAGUGCAUCACAGGUCUCCAACACAUCAGUACCCAAAGUCUUUCACAACACCCGCUGUACCCGCCAUCACAAGGCUCACAGUCAUUCGCCGAAUCGUACCAGCAAUGGUAUGGCCGUGGGAGCCGAUAUUGCCCAUCACACACUGAACGGUCAUAGUCACAAUGGUCAUGGUCACAUUCAUCAUUUGCCCAGUGCCGGUCAUCGAAAGAAAACCGAAUCGGUAUUAUCAACAGAUUCGGAUAUACGCUUUACGCGACGAAAAUUGGGAGAUAGUCAGAAGUGUGGAUGUGCUGUGAUUGCAGGAUUUCUAGUCGCUCUACUAGUGGCUGGUGUGUUUGUUUAUGUGGGGUAUACCUAUUUCAAACCGGAACCAUUGUCUGAUCGAAUUUUCCGUGGCAAAUUCCAAAUAUUAAAUGACAAAUGGUCCAUGGAUUUGGCAAAUCAAAAUUCGUUGAGGUUCCAGCAAAAGUCAAGGGAUUAUAGGGAACGCAUUAAUCUGUUGGUGAGGCGUUCCGAUUUACGUGAGGCCUAUGAGGGUAGCGAAAUUUUGGCAUUAGAUGGUUUUGAGGAUAAAAGUGAUAUUUUGGUCCAUUUCAAUAUGGUCUUUGAUCCGUAUGCCGGUUUGGUAAAUACCGCCGAUCUUUUGGCAUUGUUCGGCGAGGAGUUCAACUGCCCUCAUCCUCGUUAUUUCGCCAACGUUACCGUCGACCCACAAUCGCUGAUGAUCAAAGAAGUUACGGGCUUGAUUGAGGAACCCAUUAUGUCCUCUUCCCCGCUGGGUGGAGAUGAUGAGACCACUGAAAUUAUUACCACCACACCCAGACAACCACGUCGUUGUGAACCUCUGAAAUUGAAUUAUUGCCGAUCGAUUGGAUACAAUAUUACGACAUACCCCAAUUUGCUGGGUCAUACGUCCUUCGAAGAGGUACAGGCCGAUGUGAUAGCCUUUCGUGAGUUGGUCGAUGCUGAGUGUUUCCGUGAAGCUUUUGAUUUUGUGUGCCGUCUGCUGCAGCCACCCUGUGAGGGGCAAAUUAAUGUGGAACCCUCACCGGGCAUCAUGUGUCGAGAGUAUUGUGAACAGUUUAUGCGGGGUUGUGGUAAUCGUUUGCCCAAACGUUUCCAGAAAUAUUUCGAUUGUGAAAAGUUCCCCGAAUCGACGGGUAUCCAGUCGUGUCAUCACAAGCCCCGCUGUGCCAGCGAUAUGCAAAUGAAUGCCCAUAGUCCGCGUUUGUGUGAUGGUGUUGCCGAUUGUCCUGAUCUGUCGGAUGAAAGGACUUGUACGUUCUGCACGAGUAAUUCGUUGUACUGUGGUCGGGGUAGAGCCUGUGUGCCGCGUAAGGCUCGAUGUGAUGGCAAGGCCGAUUGCCCGGAUGGUUCGGAUGAAAAGGAUUGCCUCUCCAUUGCUCCCUUGGCUUCGGAACUAAUUGAUCCUGAGCCUUUGGUUCCCUACUUGCCGAGAUUCCAUCCCGAAGGCUAUGCGGUAUUUUCUGAAAAGGGUUCGGUGGGCAAACUUUGUGCUGAGGGUUUGGAGGGCGAUAGCAAGCUGGUGGUGCGGCAAACUGUGGCCGAGUCGCUCUGCAAAUCUUUGGGUUAUGAAUCCGUUGAAAUAUUCGAUGUGGUUACGGACACAGAAAAUAUCAACGACUAUGUGAGGGUUUUGGAUCCCCAUGCUCCGGAAAUCUCCUUUGUGCGUACCCAUUGCCCCCGUCGCCAGGUACUCUAUGUGGGUUGUGAUGAAUUGCAGUGUGGCAUACAAUCGGUAUUGACAGGAAAACAACAUCUCACCUUACCCAAAAUGUCUUCGCCCGGAGAUUGGCCUUGGUUGGCGGCCCUUUAUCGUGAGGAUAUACAUGUGUGUGAUGGGACCUUGAUUUCCCCCGAUUGGGUCCUGACCACAGAAUCCUGUUUCCAAGGCCAACCUAGGGCCACCUGGAUGGCAGUGUUUGGCUCGGUGCGUCUAGCCUCCAAGGCUCCUUGGACCCAAAGACGUCGCAUCAUUGGCAUGAUUAAAAGCCCUGUCGAAGGUUCCACGGCAGCUUUGAUACGCCUUGAAACUCCCGUUGUCUUUUCCGAUCAUGUCCGCCCAAUUUGCUUGCCAGAUGAACAGCAACGACGCCAAGAACAACAAAUUCAACGUCGUGCCUAUAUACCCAAAGCCGAACGUCUGGAGGGUAAAAGUGGUGAAGCCAUUAAACUUCUCGAACACGAGACCCAACAAUAUUUCGAACUGCCCGCCUUUACAACCAGCUCCGAAAUCUCGGAUUCCGAUGAAAACAUAAACGAUUCUUUUGAAUCAUCUGCCUAUAGAAUGCCUCAAGCUGAAUCCCUGGUAUCAGAAGUUGAAUCAAUGGAUUUUGAUAGUUACCCCCUGCCCGAAAGUAAUCCUCAAGUGCAAUAUUAUGGUGUAAAUCAGACGGCCACAGCAACAACACCGGCUGGUGUUGGUGCCAAGGCAACGACGAGUGUGGCGGAUCAGCAACCCGAACAAAUGUGGACAAUGUGCAAUACAUUGGGUUGGUCACGACAGCGUGAUCAUCUACAGCGAGUCCAGCUGAAAAUUGGCGACAUGGCGGCGUGUGAGAAUGUCUCAAUCGCCACGGUGAACAGCAUGUGCACGGAGGCGACAUAUCAAAAGCAUGACUGCACGCAAGAAGAAUUUGCCGGAGCUCCAGUGCAAUGUCUAAUACCGGGCACCAAUCAAUGGGCAUUGGUUGGUGUGUCCUCAUGGAGAAUAGCAUGUGCCGCAUCGGGCAUUGAAAGGCCAAGAAUGUAUGACAAAAUAGCAUCGAAUGCCGCUUGGAUAAGGGAAACGGUUCAUGCGUCAUAAGUAAAGUUGGGGGGAGGUGUGUGUGUGUGUCCGUGUGGAUGUAUGUUUGUGACCAAAGUGUGUAUGAGUGAGUGUGUGUGUGCGAGGGUAUGAAUGGUUAUGAGCAAAUGGUGUGUGGCAUGAUCAUGCAUGUUAUCUAGGCUAAAGAAAAAAAAAUUAAACAAAAUAUGCCGCCAAGCAGCAGUAACACUUUGUAAAUAGUAGCACUUUAUUACUCACUCUCUGUCUUCUCUCUCGUUAGUUCUCUCUCUUUCUCUCUAUUUGUUUGGUAAGCAGCAUCUAAAUUAAUGAAAGUAAUUUGCAUUUUUUUUUUCGUUUUUUCAUAAUCUAUGUUUAAUUGUAAUGUACUUAAAAUGCUCGUAAGCGUAAAACCUACAUGUCUAUGCAUGUAAAUAGAACUAGCCUUUAUGUGCUUCUUGUUUGAUUUGUGUUAUCUUAAAAAAGAGUUCAAGAGGGUUUUGGGAAAAAAAAUUGUUUAAACAAAUCUUGUUUUUCUAUCCAUGUAGGUCUUAAAUUAUAUUUCUGUAUACAGUCGUGCCCGAUUUUGGCGAAUGUAUUGGUAUUUAAAUUGGACAUACCCAGACUUGAUGGUCUGAAGGCCUCCAUGCCUUCCAGAGGCUCUAUUCUUUUACAAGUCAUCCAUAAUUAAAAGACCUUCCAGGGAUCUAUUAUAUAUAAGGGCUUUCUAUGGUUAAAACACCUUGCAGAUAUUCUUAAUUCCUAACUUAAAUCCUAGAGGCUUUGGAGAUCUUCUAUACCAAAAGUUUAUUCAGGGGUCUUUACAUAUAACAUAUUUCGGUGGUGUUAUAAGACUCUUCGUAGAUCCUCUGCAUUAAAGGCCUUAAAAUCGUAUUUCAUAGACAAAAACUUUUCAGAAAGAAGUGUUCCUUAUAGAAAGAAGUGUUCUCUCGAUAACAAACAGAAAGGUCAUCUCAGAGAUCUUUUCAUAGAUAAUUUCUAUUAUGUAGAUGGAAGACAUUCCCAACAUCUAUUCUAUGUAUACAAGACUCCCAGAGUUCUUAUAAAUAUUGAGGACUUCCAGGUAUCCUUUUGAUAUACACAUCCCUGAAAUUUUUUGUAGACGGAAGAAUUUCCAGAAGUAUUAUUUGUAUACAUUCCAGAGAUCCUCCAUGGGUAGACAUUUUAGAAGUCUUCAUUAGAUAGAAAACCAUUCAGAGGUCCAAAGAUCUUUCAGAUCAGACAUAGGCCAUCUAUAGAUGGAAGGCCCUCUCUAGGAUAUUUCAAAGGUCUUACGUAGAUAGAUUAUUUUUAGAGGUCUUCUGUAGUCCUCUAUUGGUAAUAUAUAUUUCAAAGUUCUUUUAUAGGCCGAAUUCUUUCCAGGGGGUUAUUUAUUGUGUCAAAGUCGUUCAGAGGUCUAAAAAAAUCGAAUAUCUUUCAGAGGUCCUCUAUAGGUAAAAUACAUCCCAAAGAAGUUCUUAAGGAAGUCUGCUUUCAACAGGUUAUCUAAAGAUUAAAAUCCUCCCAAAAGGCAUCUACAGAAGCCUUCCAGGGACCAUGCGAGAUAAAAGCCCCUCUAUAGGUCUUUUAAAAAUAGAGGGUGUUCAAUUAAGCUCUUAUUUAGGGGUUUUAUAGACCUUUAAUGAAGCUUCUGCAGGCUAUCUAAAGAUUAAAGGCCUCCCAAAAUGCUUCUGUACAUAAAGGUCCUUCGGAGACCAUGUGAGGUCUUCAAUAGAUAGAAGCCCCUUUAUAGCAGCACCUCUAUAGAUCUACAAAUAGAGGGGUUUCUUUUGAUCUCUUACUUGGUCUUUGAUGGAAAAAGAAUCUGCCAUAGGUCUUGAAAUUAUAUAGCAUUUUCUACAGGCCUUACAAUUGAUUUUGUUAAAAUCGUGCUCGACGGUAUUUUACAAUAACUUAAUACUUUAUUUCAAAAUUUAUUUCGAAUAAGGCUUUAUACUUUUUAAAUUUUUUGUUAAAAUUUCAAAAUAGGACGCUUGUUAUGCAUGAUUGAGACUGUGUGAAUGAGUACAACUGAAUGUCUGCAAUAAUAAUUUUUGGGGUCUAUUUAAAUAUUCUAUUUAAAAUUUUAUUUCAACAUUUUUUUCCUCUCCAAAAAGUAAAUUUAAUUUUAAGCAGAGUCCUUUAAAGUUAUCAAAUAAGACAACAACGAAUUAUUAACUACACACCCACACAGAAAUAUGUGUGUCGGUGUUUGUGUAUUUGCAUGGUAUAUUUAUUUAAAUAAUAUUAUUAAUUAUUACCUUUUUUUUUGUAA